CCCCCGGUGCGCGCCCUCUCCCCCGCCAGGCCCCAUCCUAGGCGACUCCGCGGCUCCCAGCCCUCGGGCUGCCAUUCCUUUGGAACCGGAAGAGCCGCAGGGGCCUGGGCAGGGGAGGGGGGCGGUGAUAGCAGUGUGUGCAGCUCCCAGGCUAGGACCAAGGUGCUGCCGCCCACCUGCCCCGUGCUCCGGCCCAGGCAGCACCCAUAGAUCGCCCGUCCUCCGGCAGCUCAGUGCCAAGGCGCCAACUCAGCCUGCUAGCUUCAGCACCUCCCCACCAUGGCCUCCAAGAAGCUGGUGAACUCGGUGGCAGGCUGUGCCGACGAUGCCCUGGCUGGCCUGGUGGCCUGCAACCCCAACUUGCAGCUCCUGCAGGGCCACCGCGUGGCCCUCCGCUCUGACCUGGACAGCCUCAAGGGCCGGGUGGCACUGCUGUCGGGUGGGGGCUCCGGCCAUGAGCCUGCCCACGCCGGUUUCAUAGGGAAGGGGAUGCUGACGGGGGUCAUCGCGGGAGCUGUGUUCACCGCCCCGGCAGUGGGCAGCAUCCUGGCAGCCAUCAGGGCAGUGGCCCAGGUGGGCACAGUGGGGAUCCUCCUCAUCGUGAAGAACUACACUGGGGACCGGCUGAACUUCGGCCUGGCCCGGGAGCAGGCCCGGGCUGAGGGCAUCCCCGUGGAGAUGGUGGUCGUUGGGGAUGACUGUGCCUUCACGGUCGUGAAGAAGACGGGCAGGCGGGGGCUCUGUGGCACGGUGCUCAUCCACAAGGUGGCGGGUGCCCUGGCUGAGGCCGGUGUGGGGCUGAAGGAGAUCACGGAGCGGGUGGGCGUGGUUGCCAAGGCCAUGGGAACCCUGGGAGUCAGCUUGUCCUCCUGCACUGUCCCUGGUUCCUCCAAACUCACCUUUAAUCUUGCAGCUGAUGAGGUGGAGCUGGGCCUGGGCAUCCAUGGGGAAGCCGGCGUGCGCCGGAUCAAGAUGGCCACCACCGACCAGAUUGUGACGAUCAUGCUCGACCACAUGACCAACUCGUCCAGCGUGUCGCAUGUGUCUGUGCAGAGUGGCUCCUCGGUGGUGCUGAUGGUGAACAACCUGGGCGGCCUGUCGGUCCUGGAGCUGGGCAUCGUGGCCGACGCAGCCGUCCGCACUCUGGAGGGCCGCGGGUCCUUCAUGUCAGCGCUGGAGAUGCCGGGCUUCUCUCUCACCCUUCUGCUGGUGGAUGAGUCCCUGCUGAAACUGAUAGAUGCUGAGACGACCGCGUCGGCCUGGCCUACCACGCCCAAGGUCUCCGUGACGGGGCGGAAGCGGACUCGGGCAGCCCCCUCCCGGCCCUCAGAGACCCCUGACUUCACUACAGAAGGUACCGAGCCCUGCUGCUGGGGCUUGAUCUCGAAGCGGAUGGCGCUCGUGCUGGAACGGGUGUGCACGACCCUCCUGGACCUGGAGGAGUACCUGAACGCCCUGGACCGUGUGGCUGGCGACGGGGACUGUGGGACCACCCACAGCCGCGCUGCCCGAGCCAUCCAGGAGCAGCUGCGGGAGGGUCCGCCCCCUGGCAGCCCUGCCAAGAUGCUCUCCGAAUUGUCCCUCCUGCUGCUGGAGAAGAUGGGAGGCUCGUCCGGGGCACUCUAUGGCCUGUUCCUGACCGCAGCGGCCCAGCCCCUCAAGGCCAGCACUGACCUCCCAGCCUGGUCUGCUGCCAUGGAUGCCGGCCUGGAGGCCAUGAGGAAGUAUGGGAAGGCUGCCCCAGGAGACAGGACUAUGCUGGAUUCUCUCUGGGCAGCAGGACAGGAGCUCCAAGCCUUGAGGAACCCAAACGCUAAUCUGUUCCACAUCCUGACCAAGGCAGUGGAGAGCGCAGAAGCUGCGGCCCAGGCCACCAAGGACAUGAUAGCUGGAGCUGGGAGAGCCAGUUACAUCAGUUCUAUGAAGCUCGACCAGCCAGACCCCGGGGCAGUGGCCGCCGCGGCCAUUCUCCGGGCCAUCCUGGAGGUGUUGCAGAACCUGGAGGAUGUGUGAGUGCCACUCUCACUACUGUGCAGAGGCUGCCACUGUCACCUCCCUCGCCUCGCACGCCCAUCCUCUACGUUCAGCAGCAACCCCUGCCAGCCUCCAGAGCGACUGCAGUGUAGACUGCAGGCCCAGAGGGGUCACUGCCUACUCAGGGAAGGCGGGUCCCAGGCUCAGCCCGCUCUGCCCCAGCCCCAGCCGCCUCGGCCUCAGCAGUGAGGCAUUUCCCUGGGGGCGGCACAGCCGUAACUGGCAUUGCUGACGUGGUGUCAAGACUCCCAGGAAAUGCCUGCACCUGAGCCGGUGCCACUGUGAAAAGCAGCUAAUAAACCGCAUCGGAGCCAGA